UCUCCUACCCCUUAUAUACCUCUCUCUCUCCCUGUCCCUCUCUCUCUCUAAGACGAACAGGCCUAGAAGCCAUGGCUACAUAAGUGUCAAGCUGAUCCUGAAGGCAGUAGAGGAGGAGACGGGGAAAGAAGCAGGUGAUAUUGAAUAGAGGAGUUGGAGAAGGAAGAAGAAUGUCUCUUGUGUUCUCACCAAUGAAGGUGGUGACUGGACCAAUGAGGAACAUAAAGGAGCACCAGGUAGGUCUACCUAUCUUCAUCCAUGGAGAAAAAAAGGAGAAGUUAGAUAUGGCUAAACAAGUGAGUAAAGCAGAGGAGCUAAGGGUUGUUGAUAGAAGAGGGAUUAAUGGAUAUUCUUUAUUGGCCAAAGAGGAGGAGGAGGAGGAGGAGGAGGAGGUUGAGGCUUCUUCACAUAGUUCUUCUAUUGGCGUCUUGUCUUCUUCAUCGUCUAAUGAGGAAGAGGAAAGGGGAGAUGAGGUGCAGAGCAAGCUCAAAGAUGAGGGGCAUUUAGGUUCUCUGAUUUCCUUGGAAGAGUCCCUUCCUAUCAAGAGAGGAUUAUCAAAUUUCUUCUCAGGAAAAUCAAAAUCAUUCGCCAACCUCGCAGAGGCCACUUCCUGCAAUGCAACAGAUAUCGUGAAGCAAGAGAACCCCUUCAAUAAACGCAGGAGAAUUCUUAUGUCCUGUAAGGCCUCAUGGAGAAGAAGAGCUUCUUGCACUUCACUCAUCACAUCCUUUUCUCCUCUCCUACUUCCUGAAUUUGUAAAAGAAGACGAAGAUGAAGAUGAAGAUGAAGACGAAGACGAAGAAGAGGAGCAGAAGAGGGGAACAGGCUUCCCCAUGACUCCCCUUCAUAUUCUAAGAAAGAGUUUCAAGAACCCCAAAUCACACUCAUUCUCAAAUCUUCAAAAGCUGUAGUUUCUUCUUUUUUUUUCAAUUGGAGAUCAUACAAACCAAUCUUUGAUCUCUUAUCUCAUCUUAAUUUUUCUUCUAAUGACAUUUUUAUUGAUCUUUAGAGAUCUGCAAACCAAUCAUGAAGAUGGUUGCAUGGCUUGAAUCCAUGAAAAUAUUAAUCGAAGCUUAAUAAUUCAGAAGAAUGGAUAAGAUUUGGGCU